AUGGAGGAUCAAAUCCCAUCUGGCAACCUGGCCGGCCUCAAAGGCCUCGGCAUGGACGCCCCGGAUGAUGCUGUGCUGCGCCUGGCCCAGCUAACUCUCAGCCCCAAUCUUCUUCUUCCCAUCCCCACCUCCCACACCUCGUUCUAUCAGGUGGAGGAUCAAAUCUCCUCCGGUGACCUGGCCUCCCUUAAGGAUGUGGGCAUGGAUGCUCCAGAUGAUGCUGUGCUGCGCCUGGCGCAGCUGGCUCUGCGCUGCAUUGUGGAACGCACUGCAGGCCGGCCCAACAUGACAGGCGUUGCCAAUGAGCUGCAGGGAAUCAGGCACGAGGUGGUGGGGAAGGAGAAGCUGGGUGCAGCGAUCAAGGUGGAUGCGCUAGCACAGGAGUUGCGGACGGGGACGUCUUUUCCUAAUGAUUUGGCUGAGGAGUUGCAAGUGAUUAAGAGCAUGGAUGAAGAAACUGCCAAUACAGGACUUCAAGGAAUUGAGUAUAGCUCCUUUGGUUCUGGUCGCACGGCAUGA